AUGGCUGGUGGCGAUGGCCCUUAUCCAACAGUGCCGCCGACAUCCAUCGGCUCGGAAUCGACUUUGGGGACUCGUGAGGCACACAAGGCUCGACACGGCAGCGCUGGCUCACCCCAUCCCCCUGGCUUCGUUGAGACCACCGUCUACUGCAAGCCCUGCGUCUGGAAGAACAUCCCCAUUCUCUGCUCCAUUCCGGCCCCAACCGCCAAUGUGGACAUCAACGGCAACGGCGUGACCGCGGGCGCCUACGGCGGCUACGGCUCAUACGACCAGGUUGCGCCUGCACAGCCCGGCCAGCCCGGUGCUCCUGGCACCGCUGGUGCCCCCGGUGGCGCCCCGGCGCUAACUCUACUAGGCCAUCAACGGUCGCCGCCGCCUCCGUACCGUCUCUCAAGAGGGGCCUCGGUGUCCUUUGCGGUAUUGGAUCAUCAUCAGUUGUGUUAUGCAUUUGGCGGCAUUCGUGAGCAACUUGUGUCCCUUGGUUGGCAUGGGUAA